GCGCCGAAUCCCGUCAUGGCGCGCGCCGCCGGCGACCGCUUCAGCUUCACCUCCCCCUCCUCCUCCUGCUGCUGCUGCUCCUCCUCCUCCUACUUGGCCGACUUGGUGCUCUGCUGCGCGAUCGCGGCCUGCCUGUGCGCGGGCGGCUGCGACGGCGCCGGGACCUUCGGGUUCGACGUCCACCACCGCUCCUCCGGUACGGUCAAGGCGAUGCUGGCCGCCGCCGGCGAGGACGGGCUGCCCGAGGCGGGGAGCCUGGGGUACUACGCCGCCAUGGCACACCGCGACCGGUUGGCCCACGGCCGUCGCCUCGCCGCGUCGGCGGCGGAGGUGGAUCGGGUGCCCAUCACUUUCGACGGCGGGAACGACACCUACCGGAUCAAAUGGCUCGGCUAUUUGCACUAUGCAGAUGUCUCUGUUGGGACCCCAAGUUUAUCAUUUUUGGUGGCACUAGACACUGGGAGCGAUCUGUUCUGGAUACCCUGUGAUUGUAGUAUUAAUUGUGUGCAUGGAUUGAAGUUAUCGAAUGGGCAGGAAAUAGAUUUCAAUAUCUACAGCCCUGAUGCAUCAUCAUCAAGUACAUUAGUUCCCUGUAGUGGCGGCCUUUGCAGGCAACAAUUCAGAUGCUCUGCCACUCACAACCAAUGUCCUUAUCAAGUUGUUUAUGUCUCUAACGGUACUUCAUCCACCGGGAUUUUGGUUGAAGAUGUAUUGCAUAUGACCUCAGACGACAAUCGAUCAAAAGUAGUUACUGCUCAGAUAACAUUUGGAUGUGGUCUUAUUCAAACUGGUUCCUUUUUGGAAGGUGGUGCACCCAAUGGUCUAUUUGGUCUCGGCAUGAACAACAUAUCAGUUCCUAGCAUUUUAGCUAAAGAUGGGCUUGCAGCAAAUUCAUUUUCUAUGUGCUUUGGGCAUGACGGCAUUGGGAGAAUUAGUUUUGGAGACAAAGGCAGCUCAAACCAAGGGGAAACACCAUUUAUUGUUAGUCAGUCACAUCCAGCUUACAAUAUUACUGUCACACAAGUCAUCGUGGGAGAAGAAAUUCAUGAUCUUGAAUUUAGUGCUAUUUUUGACUCUGGAACCUCAUUUACUUACUUGAAUGACCCAGCUUACACCCUCAUUUCCAAGGCUUUUGACUCCAGUGUCCAAGAGAAAAGGCAUUCUUCAGAUCCCACUAUUCCUUUUGAAUAUUGUUACGACCCAAGAACAAAUCAAAGCCUCUCUCAUACUCCUGUGUUGAACCUGACCAUGAAAGGUGGAGAUAGCUUUUAUGUUACUGAACCAGUAGAGUUGAUUUCGGUGCUGGGUGGACAUGUCUAUUGCCUGGCUGUGGUGAAAAGCGGCAAUCUAAAUAUAAUUGGACAAAACUUCAUGACCGGCUAUCGCGUAGUUUUUGAUCGCGAAAGGAUGGUACUUGGUUGGAAGCCCUCCAACUGCUACGAUGUGAAUGACACGUCCAUGUUGCCUGUCAACCCGAAAAACACCAGCGCAAUUCCUCCUUCUGUUGCCUUCAAUCCAGAAGCCACUAAAAGUAGCGGCGACAAUAAUCGCGAUUCAGCGGUGUCACCGCCUAUGUUGAGUUAUUCGUGGCAUCUGCGUCCUUUUACCUGCCUAUUAAUCACUCUUGUUUAUCCAUUUUUGGCCAUUUUUUGAUUCUUUUCCAUGCUGAGGCCUUCCUCGAUUCCCAGAGGAUUACUUAUACGGGGGCAUUAGAUAGAAACAGCAAUUUGAGUAUAACUAUAUUAACUUCCACUUCUAGGAUCCGAUAGCAGAGUUGUUGUAUGUACAUAUAUAUUAGUUAUGAGCAAGAUGAGAUUGUCA